AUAAAAGUCGAGCCUAGUUUGCAAAUUUGCAAUACAAAUAAACGACAGUUAGAAAAAGGGCGUUGUGAAUUACACUCGUAUUAUUUACAAUAAACUUCUAUUUCUCUUUAAUCGAUUAGCGAGUAAAAUACUAAAUCGAGAAAGCGGACCAUGGGGCGGGAAUCAUUUUAAUUAGUUUAUAUGCGAUACACGAAGGAUGCAAAGGAUUCCGGACCGACUGCGCACGCACAAAAAAGAUACUUACAAUUAGUCCCAACUUGUAUAGUGGCGACGUAUGGACAGCAUUAAAAAUAAAAAGAGAGGACGUGCCACAUGCUUUUGUAUACGUGCGAAGUUGGCCCCGGAGUCCGGAAAUUCUUCGUUCUUCAAUCGUUCAAUCAUUCGACAGUUGCUCGGCAAAUCGGAGCACGUGUUCAUCACGAGACUGAUACCAAUUAGUUUAGAUUAAACGUAUUCAUUCCACGCAUCUUCUCAUACCUCGCCAAACUGUGCAGCUUGAAAACGAAUAGUACAAACUGAAAGGUAUUAAAACGUUGAACCAGCGGCUAACCUUUCGCAUCGAAAGUGAACCUCGUGUCACCGUCUAUUUCCCUCCGUGCAAGUGAAUCGCAGGUGGUGUCAUGUUUAAAAAUUCGAAUGCUAUGGAGAACGAGUUGAAGGAAUUAGCGAUUGCGCUUUACGAAAUAGACGCAGUGAAGUUUGGAGAAUUUGUAACGAAAGUCGGGUUGAAAACUCCGAUAUAUUUUGACUUGAGGGUGAUCAUUUCGCAUCCGAAACUGAUGGUCCGAUUGGCGAAAACGUUGUGGAAACAGGCUGAGGAAGCCUCGGGCAUCACGCAGAUCUGCGGCGUUCCUUACACAGCCUUGCCGCUGGCAACUUUGAUCUCUGCUGACACGAACAUUCCGAUGUUGAUCAAAAGGAAGGAAGUCAAAUCUUACGGUACGAAGAAAUUGAUCGAAGGUAAUUACAAGCAAGGGGAUCAUUGUGCGAUCAUCGAGGACGUGGUCACAAGCGGUAGCAGUAUCUUAGAGACGGUCCACAGUCUUAGGAAGGAGGGUUUAAAAGUGACCGAGGCUUUCGUAGUGAUCGACAGGGAACAGGGUGCUAAGAAGAAUAUAAAAAAUCAUGGAAUACAUAUAAGAAGCUUAUACUCGGUGACCACCCUCUUAGCUUACCUCUUGGAAUCGAAUAAAAUUACACCGAAAGUUGUAAGAGACGUGACGGAUUACUUGUUAAAGUAUCAAGCACCUAUCAUCACUGUUCAAGUUACAGAGCAACUUCGACUGAAGACUCCGUUCCAUGUUCGCGCCGGCAAAGCUAGGAACGCGGUAUCCGCUAAACUGCUUAAUUUGAUGGAGGCGAAACAGUCUACCAUAUGUUUGGCAGCAGACUUGACGAAAGCCGACGAGAUUCUAGAGUUGGCGGAUUUAACUGGACCGCAUAUAGUUAUACUUAAGACGCACGUGGACAUAAUAGAAGAUUUCAGCGACGACUUUAUAAAACGAUUGAAGGAAUUAGCUAAGAAGCACGACUUCUUGUUGAUGGAGGACAGGAAGUUCGCCGAUAUCGGGAACACGGUAUCGUUACAGUAUCAAAAAGGCAUUUACAAAAUAGCGGAGUGGACAGAUCUCGUUACGAUACACGCUAUUGCUGGUCCAAGCAUCGUAGACGGAUUGAAGAACAGUUUGAAAGACAUAAACGAACCCCGCGGGCUUUUCGUGGUUGCGGAGAUGUCCUCGAAAGAAGCAUUGACGACUGGCGAGUACGCGCAGAACGCUGUAUCCAUCGCGCAAAACUCGAACCUGGUGUCCGGGCUAGUUUGCCAAUCGAAUAUAUUCACGAGUUUAGGACUGGUUCAGUUGACACCCGGAGUAAAACUGUCGAAAAGUUCAGAUGAUCUGGGCCAGCAGUACAACACGCCAGAAUCCGUUGUGAACUCUGGUGCCGACGUAGCCGUGGUCGGCCGAGGCAUCACCGAGGCACAGGACAAAUUGUCCGCUACUUUAGAGUACAAGAAGGAACUGUGGUCGGCGUAUCUGAAGCGACUGUCGGACGAAUGAAUCUUAUCUCGCGAAUGGACAAGUGAAACGAUUAAACUAGAAGAUAAAUAUAUCUUUUUUCUAUUUUCAAAUAUAUGUAUAACAAUUAAGAUUUGUAAAUAAUUGGUAACAUCGUGUUUGUAAAUAGAGCGACGACGAGUAAAUUUACAAAAAUUUCGAUGUAUAUACAUUACAUAUGACGACCCAGUAUGAUGUUCCGCGUGCAUACAUAUUAUAUAUGUAUUUUUAAUAAAAACCGAAACGACAAUU